UUUGUGGAAGUCAGAGUGUUAGUGAGUCGGAAUCUGUUUUUCAAGAGAAGUCGGAGAGGAAGAAGUUUACUGUCUGGAGCGGUUUUUCUCACACGCGAAGUUCUUGAAAAUUAUUAAUUGCUUAGUUUGUUCAAAAUGUGUGGUCCUGGGGGUCAUAGGUUACCAAGGUUACUUUAUCUUCUAGUCAUUUUAUUUCAUAGUAUUUCAUUAGUAUUUCCAUUUACACAGACAAGAUUAACUAGUCAUGAGAGGUUCAAAAGACAAGUAUUUUUAACAGACCUGCAUUCGAGGACAUCGGCACCAAAUCGAACGUUUGUAGCUCAAUCACAAAGGAUAGCGGAAUAUGGACCAUGGGGACCAUGGACAGAAAGUAGUGAAUGCUCCCGAAGUUGUGGAGGGGGAAUCCUGUUUCAGGACAGGAUAUGUCUAGAUGUCAGGGCUGACGGUAGACAUUCUUGUGUGGGUCCAUCCAGGAGAUACUUUUCCUGUAACACUGAUGAUUGUCCACAAUCUGCAAGAGAUUUCAGAGCAGAGCAAUGUGCUAGGUUCAAUUCUGUACCUUACAAUGGAAAGUAUUAUAGCUGGGUUCCUUAUUACAGUGCUCAAAACCAGUGUGAAUUAAACUGCAUGCCCCAGGGUGGAAGUUUUUUUGCAAGAUUGGAUCGUUCCGUUAUUGAUGGAACUCGAUGUCGCAAUGAUGGAUCAUUAGAUGCAUGCGUGGAGGGACAGUGUAUGCCAGUGGGAUGUGAUAGAGUUUUGGGCUCCACUACCAAAGAAGAUGAGUGUAGAGUUUGUGGUGGAGAUGGAACGAGCUGCAAAGUAGUGAAAGGAGUUUUUGACCAAGAUGAGUUCACUAUAGGAUAUAAUGAUAUUUUAUUGAUUCCAAUUGGAGCAACAUCAAUAUUCAUUCAGGAAGUACAGCCUACUAAUAACUAUAUAGCUAUUCGAAAUUCAGCAGGAGAGUUUUAUCUCAACGGAAAUUGGAGGAUUGAAUAUCCUCGUGAAAUUAGACUAGCUGGAACAAUAUUUCAUUAUGAACGGAAAAUAAGGGGAUCGAGUCCAGAAAUACUUCGAGCUAAAGGACCAACCAUUGAACCAAUUUUCAUUGUUUUGUUGUAUCAGGAGAAAAAUCUUGGCAUCAGUUAUGAAUAUUCAAUACCUGCAACAACUAAAACUUCUUUUCCUGAUUCCUAUACCUGGACAUUUGGGGAUUUCGAAGAAUGUUCUCAGCCCUGUGGUGGAGGAGUGCAACACAGACCUGUACGUUGUAUUAACAGUAAUAGAGAUGUCAUAGAGGAUGAACUGUGUGAUCCGACUUUAAAGCCAUCUGUCAAUGGUUCUUGUAAUACACAACCUUGCUCCGCCAGUUGGCAGAUAGGCGAAUGGAGUCCUUGUAGCCACUCCUGCGGUGGUGGUACUCAGUUUCGUCUCGUUUUCUGUCAGCAAACGAAAGAAGGGAGCAACAUCUUGGUACCUGAUGAGCAGUGUGAUACGCCUAAGCCACUCUUCAUGAGAGCAUGUGAUGUCGAGAUUGAAUGUCCAGAAUGGACGUUUGCAGACUGGUCUGAGUGUGAUAAAAUAUGUGGCUCUGGCAACCAGACAAGAAAAGUUGAAUGUUUUUCUAAAGAAGAUAAUAAGACUGUAGACAGUUCUCAGUGUGACGACGAAAGGAAACCUAGCUCACACCAAAGUUGCACUUUGGGCCCCUGUGAAGGCGUCGAAUGGAUAGUUUCUGACUGGAGUGGGUGUGAUGGAUCAUGUAGUCCUCACAUGGAAUCUCGAGAAGUGCAUUGUGCAACAGAGGACGGAGUUGUGUUCCCUAACGAAGCUUGUGACGCAAACAAAAUUCCAGAACUUACCAGAUCAUGUCCGAAAUCUACCAUGUGCGAAGCUAUGUGGCAUACAUCUGAAUGGACGGAUUGUUCUGUGACGUGUGGAAGUGGUGUGCAGAGCCGGGUUGUAUUUUGUGGUGCAUGGGAAGAUAAUACUGUUAUAAAAAUUGACGAAGAUAAAUGUGAUCCCUCUAAAAAAUUCAACGACAUGCAAAAUUGCUCAUCAGAAGCCUGCCAAGCUACAUGGUUUACUGGACCUUGGAACAGGUGUUCUGUGCCAUGUGGAGGAGGUGAAAGAACAAGAAAAAUUUUAUGUUUCCAUGAAGAAGAGGUUGUUGAAUCAAGUAAUUGCGAUCCAACAGAAGAGCCUUUCAGUAAAGAAACUUGCAAUAUGACGCCAUGCGAUGGAGAUGAAAUAAUGGUUUUGAAUGGUUGUAAAGAUUCUAAAUACGGCUGCUGUCCAGACGGCGUAACACCAGCUGGUUUUAACGACGAAGACUGUCCGAAAAUGGAUUUAAUAAGUGCCAACACAACUUGUGAAGAGGCUGUAUAUGGUUGCUGUACAGAUAAUUUUACCUUAGCCAUAGGACCAUUCAAAAAAGGCUGUCCAAGUGAUAUUCCAUGCAAUGCUACUAAGUAUGGCUGCUGUCCUGAUCAGAGCUCCGCUGCUAAAGGCUUAGAUUUUGAAGGGUGCAUGGUCGAUGAAACCGACUGUGCAAAUUCCACUUUCGGUUGCUGUCCGGAAAGCAAUAUCACAGCUACUGGUCCUGAUUUAGAAGGAUGUGAGUCUGUUGACAGUGAUUGUUCUAACACGAUGUUCGGAUGUUGCCCGGAUAAUAAAACGAUAGCGAUGGGUUUUGAAUUUGAAGGCUGCAAUGCAACAGACAUUGUUUGUGAGAAUACAACAUUUGGUUGCUGUCCAGAUGGCAAGGUAUCGGCAUCUGGUCCCGACUUUGAAGGCUGUAAGAAUAAAACUGAUGAGGAUUUUGAAUCUUCUGGUGAGGAUUGCUACAGCAAACCCUUCGGAUGUUGUCCAGAUGGUUUGACCCCUGCAAGUGGAUUAAAUCAAGAGGGAUGUGAAGAUGAGCAAAAUGUAACGUCCUGUAAAACAAGCGCUUUUGGUUGCUGUGAUGAUGACUUUACUUACGCAACAGGGCCUGGAAAGAAAGGUUGCAUAAUUGAUGAAAGCAGUGGUGAUGGAGAACUAAGUUGCGACGAAAGCACGUUUGGUUGCUGUCCUGACAAUGUUACAAUUGCCAAAGGAUUCGAAGGUGAAGGAUGCUUACCAGAAAAUUGUGCAAAUUCAACUUUUGGUUGCUGUCCAGAUAAUGUUACUUCAGCAGAAGGCUUAGACGGCGAAGGUUGCUUUCCUAUUGAUUGCUCAAAUUCGACUUUUGGCUGCUGUCCUGAUAACAUUACUUUGGCCCUUGGAGAAAACGGUGAGGGCUGUGAAUCAGAAAAUUGCUCACUAACAUUGUUUGGCUGUUGUCCUGAUAACACUACAGUUGCAUUGGGUGUUGACGGGGAAGGCUGUACACCAACAGACUGUAAUAAUUCUACUUACGGUUGUUGCCCUGAUAAUACCACGGUUGCAUCAGGUCCAGAUUACGAAGGGUGUGAAAAUAUUACUAGUUGUACUGAGACUGAAUUCGGUUGCUGUCAAGAUAAUGAGACAGUAGCGAAUGGACCUGAUUUCGAAGGCUGUAUGGAAACAGCAACAGCAGUAACUGAAAUCACAACAACCACUGAGCCACCAGCAUGUGCUGGUACUGAAUUCGGGUGCUGUCCAGAUGAAAUAACCACUGCGUUAGGAUCAAAUUUGCAAGGAUGUUGUUUUGGAAUGCGAUUUGGUUGCUGUCCUGAUAACAAAACAGCUGCAUUAGGACCAACUUUCCUCGGUUGUGGAUGCCAAACUUACCCUUACGGUUGUUGUCCAGAUGAAAUCACUCCAGCUCAAGGUUUCAAUAAUUUCGGAUGUAAAUGUGAACACUUCCGCUUUGGCUGCUGCCAGGACAAUAUAACUCCAGCUAAAGGACCCCACUUCGAGGGAUGUGCAUGUCAUUUAAUGUAUUUUGGAUGUUGCCCUGAUGGAAGAACACCCAGACUCAAUGAAAAAGGUGAUGGAUGCGGUUGUGAUUCUACUAAAUAUGGAUGUUGCCCUGAUGGCAAAACUGCUGCUACAAGCUCCGACUUAUCUGGAUGUCCCUGUGAUGGCUUACCUUUUGGCUGCUGUCCAAAUGGACACACACCUGCAAGAACGAAUGAUCUUAGAGAUUGUCCUUGUGAGGCUCAACGUUAUGGAUGCUGUCUCGACGGCAGAACACCAGCAAGAGGUCCAAAUUACGAAGGUUGCCCAUGUGAAUCAACGCGAUUUGGCUGCUGCCGGGAUGGUAAAACUACAGCUCAAGGACCUGAUUUGCAAGGCUGCCCUUGUGAUACAACGUACUACGGUUGUUGUGCUGAUGGUUAUACACCAGCUAAAGGCCCUAAAUAUGAAGGUUGUCCUGCUGUUCUUGUUCCUAAACCUAAGAUUUCAACUGAAGUGUGUGGGCAGCCCAAAGAAUCCGGACCUUGUCGAGAUUUUAAAGUGAUGUGGCAUUUCGAUGUUAACUACGGCAGUUGCUCAAGGUUUUGGUAUGGUGGAUGCGAUGGUAAUGGUAACAAUUUUGCUACACAAGAAGAGUGUGAGAAUACUUGUGUCAAACCCGAAGGACCAGAGGCUUGUUUGCUACCUAAAACUGCUGGAUCGUGCAGUGAAAAGAUACCUUCAUUCUACUACGACGUAGGAUCAAAGUCAUGCGAACCAUUUACGUAUGGAGGAUGCCUCGGAAAUAACAACAGAUUUAUAACUAAAGAAGCUUGUGAUCAAAAGUGCAUUAAUUUACAACCAUCCGUUGAUGUGGACGUUUGCUCCUUGGAGAAAGAUGAGGGACCUUGUGAGCAAAUUUCCAUUCAGUGGUUUUACAACAAGAAGAGUGAAAGAUGUGAACAGUUUUAUUAUGGUGGUUGCAAAGGAAAUGCUAACAGGUUUGAAUCAAGACGCGAGUGUGAAAAAUCAUGCGUUGCUUCAGUGUCUCAAGAAAAAGAUAUUUGUCGUUUACCGCAAGAAAUCGGAACCUGCUCUGAGUUUAGAGAGCGUUGGUAUUAUGAUUAUGAGAAUGGUCAGUGUCAUCGCUUCAUGUUCAGUGGCUGUGACGGAAAUGAAAAUAAUUUUGCUUCAUUUUAUGAAUGUGAAAAACGUUGUGGAAGGGACACUACAUCUGAACCUCCUCAAGAUUUAGAAUUUAAAACAGAGUAUUGCUUCCUUGGACAAGAUCCUGGACCAUGUAAUAUAGCUGAUGUGAAUUGGUAUUAUGAUUCAAGUGAUGGUGUUUGCAAGGAAUUCUAUUAUGGAGGAUGUAAGGGCAAUCAGAACAGAUUUAAAACAAGGAAAGAGUGUGAGACGUCAUGCUUCCAAGCACAAGAUGUUUGUAGUUUAGCUAUGGUGAAAGGUCCAUGUAGUGGCUCAUUUACUCAGUGGUAUUACGACAAAGAGCAGGAAGAUUGCAUUGAAUUCUUAUUUACCGGCUGCCAAGGAAAUGCCAAUCGUUUCAACUCGAAAGAGAGCUGCUAUCAAAGGUGCAAAAAAGAAAAACUUACAACUGCUGCACCAGCGGUUAAGGAAGACUUAUGCUUGUUACCACAAGAGCCAGGCCCUUGUCUUGGAUAUUAUCGCAUGUGGUUCUAUGAUAACUCUGAAAAUAUUUGCAAGUCAUUUGUCUAUGGUGGAUGCGAAGGAAAUGCCAAUCGCUUUGAAGAAAGGACUGAAUGCGAACAACACUGCGUGAAGAAGACAACUAAAGUAACUAAAGCCCCUCCUUCCCUACUACCUGUACCUCCACCAACAAGCAAUGAAGAUGUGUGCCGUUUAGCCGUCGAUACCGGGCCGUGUAAUGAAGAACUCCCUCGAUGGUUUUAUGACGCUCAGACGCAAAGCUGCUUACCGUUUGUGUUUGGUGGAUGUGGUGGAAAUAAAAACAGAUUCAAGACAUCGGAAAUAUGCUUACGAUUUUGCAGUGGAAUCAAAGCUUUAGCACCGAAAAUUGGAACAUCUGUCCAAACCACUCCUGUUCCAACAAGCACGUCUCCCACACAAUGUGCUCCUUCAAACUGUGCAAAUAUACAGUGUCCUUAUGGUAUUGAAGAAUCCUUUGAUGUGAACGGAUGUUCUUCUUGUAGGUGUGCCAACCCCUGUGAGGAUCUUAAUUGUCCAGAAGGUAGCCGAUGCGCAAUUGAUGUCGUGCGCACUUCAAGGUCUGCCGUCAAGACUGAAGCAGUGUGUAGAAGAAUCCACAAAUCUGGUCUUUGUCCAUCGUCUAGAGGAGAAGCAACUGAGGAAAGAGAUUGUGAAACUCGCUGCAGAGAUGAUGCAGAUUGCAGAGGAGACCAUAAAUGCUGCAAUAAUGGGUGUGCAUUCACUUGCAUGGCUCCAACAGACGAUUUGUUGGUCCCUGCAACCCAGCCAGAACCACUGGAAACUAGGGUCAGCUUAGUUACUAACAAUCCAACAGUUGGUUCACCUCUCCAGAUUGACUGCAUUGUAAAGGGUCCGCAAUCAGUAAAAAAAGUUACUUGGAGCCAUGGAAAUGAUAUUAUAGUGGAGAACGAUCGCAAAAGAUUACUUUCAAACAACACACUAUUUAUCACUAAAGCACAAAAAGAAGACAGCGGUGAAUAUAAAUGCACUGCAGAAUAUAACAAUAAUCUUAGUUACUAACAAUCCAACAGUUGGUUCACCUCUCCAGAUUGAUUGCAUCGUAAAAGGUCCUCAAUCAGUAAAAGCAGCAAUUUGGAGUCUUGGAAACAAUGUUAUUGAGGAGAACGAUCGCAUAAAUUUGCUUUCAAACAACACACUGUUUAUCUCUAAAGCACAAAAAGAAGACAGCGGAACAUAUAAAUGCACAGCUGAAUAUAACAAUAAGUUUGCCUCAUCAUCUUUGUCCAUCGCAAUCAUUGAACCACUGGAAACUGAGGUCAGCUUAGUUACUAAAAAUCCAAUAGUUGGUUCACCUCUCCAGAUUGAUUGCAUCGUAAAAGGUCCUCAAUCAGCAAAAGCAGCAAUUUGGAGUCUUGGAAACAAUGUUAUUGAGAAGAACGAUCGCAUAAAUUUACUUUCAAACAAUACACUGUUAAUCUCUAAAGCACAAAAAGAAGACAGUGGAGUAUAUAAGUGCACAGCUGAAUAUAACAAUAAUUUUGCCUCAUCAUCUUUGUCCAUCGCAAUCAUUGAAAGGCUGGAAACUAUAGUAAGCUUAGUUACUAACGAUUCAAGACUUGGCUUACCUCUCCAGAUCGAUUGCAUUGUAAAAGGUCCUCAAUUAGUAAAAGCAGCAACUUGGAGUCAUGAAAACAACGUUAUAGUGGAGAACGAUCGCAUAAAUUUGCUUUCAAACAACACACUGUUUAUCUCUAAAGCAGAAAAAAAGGACAGCGGAGUAUAUAAAUGCACAGCUCAAUAUAACAAUGACGUAGCUUCAUCAACUCUGUCCAUUGCAGUCAUUGAACCACUGGAAACUGAGGUCAGCUUAGUUACUAGCAAUCCAACAGUUGGUUCACCUCUCCAGAUUGAUUGCAUCGUGAAAGGUCCUCAAUCAGCAAAAGCAGCAAUUUGGAGUCUUGGAAACAAUGUUAUUGAGGAGAACGAUCGCAUAAAUUUGCUUUCAAACAACACACUGUUUAUCUCCAAAGCACAAAAAGAAGACAGUGGAGUAUAUAAAUGCACAGCUGAAUAUAACAAUAAUUUUGCCUCAUCAUCUUUGUCCAUCGCAAUCAUUGAACCACUGGAAACUAUGGUCAGCUUAGUUACUAAUGAUCCAACCGUUGAUUCACCUCUCCAGAUCGAUUGUGUUGUAAAAGGUCCUCAAUUAGUAAAAACAGCAAUUUGGAGUCAUGAAAACAGUAUUAUAGUGGAGAACGAUCGCAUAAAUUUGCUUUCAAACAACACGCUGUUUAUCUCUAAAGCACAAAAAGAAGACAGCGGUGAAUAUAAAUGUAUUGCAGAAUAUAACAAUAAUAUAGCCACAUCUUCUGUAUCCAUAACAGUCAUUGACCUAACUGUUGAAGAUCCAAGCUGUGUUGACGAUCCACAUUUUUCCAACUGUCAGAUCAUUAUUGUAAAUAAUUAUUGCAAUAACAAAGUUUAUGGCAGAUACUGCUGCGCCUCAUGCUUAAAAGCAGGACAGUUACAAGACUUUAGGAGAUGAAGAUCCAAGCUGUGUCGACAAUCCACUGUUCAAAGAUUGUCAGAAAUUCAU